GCCCGGCCCGGCGUGGUGCCCGCCAUGUCCCCGCGGAACGGGCGCCGCACCGGCGCCCACCGGGCGCACUCGCUUGCCCGGCAGCUCAAGACGAAGCGGCGCCGCCGCGACCUGGACGAGAUCCACGCGGACAUGAAGCCCGAGAACGCGGCGCGGCUGCUGCGCCAGGAGGUCGACCCCGACCUGCCGGGCUGCGCCCAGUUCUACUGCCUGCACUGCGCGCGCUACUUCGUGGACCUCAACAGCAUGAAGGAGCACUUCAGGUCCAAGGUGCACAAGAAGAGGCUGAAGCAGCUGCGGGAGACUCCGUACACACAGGAGGAGGCCGAGCGCGCCGCGGGGAUGGGCUCCUACAUCCCCCCAAAGAAGGUGGAGGUGCAGACCCAGCCCCUGGAGGAGGCCACCGAGAUGGAGACGUCCAGCUGAGCCCAGGGGACGAGGGACUGAGAUCUGGCGGCUCUGUAAGGGCGUCUUUGUCCUCAGCUUUGUGAGAAAAACACGUCCCAGCACAGCCUGCCAGGAAGAACCACCCUGCUCCUCCUGCAGCCCCGGGACUAACGAGGAGAAGGAGCCAAGGAGACCCUGGGUGCCCUCAGCAUGUGUCCUCCUUCUCCAGGAAGGGACAAGCAGUUUGUCCUGGCAGGACUACACUCCUCUUGUUGCUUUUGGAGAGAUUUUGGGUGUCUGUCCUUGGGUCAGAGGUUAUUCCAGAGGUUCAGCCAUUAAAAUAUGUCAACUAAGAGCCUGGAA